UCUCAGCAGAUUACACGCGGCCAUGGCGGAUUAGGGUUCUUGGAGCAGUGCGUGGACCGUCGAGACAAGAUGGGAGAGGAGCUUCGAUUUCACGGCUGCAUUGUCUGAUUCGAGGUGAGAGGCGCCGAAAUUAGAUUGGAGUGGAUAUUUCGAGGCCGAAGCAGCCGGAGAUUUCUUCGCAUUCUUCGAUCCGGCAGAGAUUGCUACAAUGGCGAAGAGGCCGAAUUGCGAUGUGUGUGAGAUGCAACGCGCCAGCUUGUAUUGCGAGGCGGACGAGGCCUAUCUCUGCCAUGAAUGCGAUGCCUCGGUUCACGGGGCCAACACGCUGGCUUCGCGGCACAAGAGGAUCAGCUUCAAACAGGAACAGGAAGAAGAAGAGGAAGAAGAGAACUUGGAAGAGAACGAUGGCGUCUGCCCGGCUCACAAUUUCGCGGACUCGAGCUUCUCGCUGAGUAGACCCUCGACAGUAGACUUCCCCCUGGGCGGCGUGAGAAUUGGCGAUGUCACUUACGCAAGAGUUUCGUCUCACACCGGCAGUGGUGGCGCUUCCUUGAUUGCUCCAAGAAGAAAGGAGGACGAGGAGCUACACCAAGUUCCCAGAUUCGUUCCCGUGGCCCAGGAGCUCCCCAGCUUGGAACCAUUCCGGUUCCACGCUCUUGCAAGCAAUGGAAGAGCUUCUCCGGUUCGAAGUACGCGAUUCAUGAGUCUUCUGGAGGGCGAAGCCACUGAUGCUGAUGAGAACCACGGAGCUCCCGACGAGGAUGGAGCACAAGAGAAUCAAGAGCUUGGUGUUGUCCCGGACUUGGUUUCUCCACGAACUGUGGAGCCAGCGGCAGCUAAACCGGUGGCAGCACUCCCGAAAGGGGGGCCGAGGGCCGGUUUGUAA